AUGGCGCACAAGACGACCUACUUGAUUCUCCUCCUCGUACUGGGUCUGAUCAUCCCCCUGUUCUGGGCCAGCCCUGCGCUCGCCCAGUCCCCUGAGCCAGACCUGAACAACAUCACCCCCUUCAGUUCGGGAGAACAGAUGCCGCCUGAGUUCUCGCAGAUGUGCCUGGGCAUGGUGCGGCGCAGCGACGAGUUCGACUCCAUGCUCUACUCCCUGGGAGGCGUGGGCGGCGCGCUCGACCCGCAGCGGAUCAACUGGACCCUCGUGCAGUCCUACCUCGCCAUCGACUUCAUCUGGCAGGACUACAGCCCAUUCCCCUCCCAGGGCAACUACACCAACGCGAGGCAGUUCUGGGCUGAGCUCAAUGCAAACCAGGACGUCUACCCGCUGGUAGAGGUGCCCGUGCGGAUGUGGCGCUCGUGCGACCCCCUCACCCGACGCCUGGUGGCCCAGUGGCGCGAGACCUACGGGCGGCGGGCCAACCCCAUCGUGCGGGAGACCAGCUGGUCGAUCUACAUCACCGAGUUCGACCCCUCCGGGCUGCUCAUCACGAGACAGGCCUGGUGGACCACCAGCAACAUGGCCAAAAUACUCAUCGCUGCGAACGAGCAGACAUAG